UGGGUUUCACGUCAUGUUGCCCUCGUGGAGCCUGUUGUCCUCUGAUACUGUAGGUCGAUGUGGGUUGUGUGGCGUACAUGAAUGAUACAUGUUGUGUUAAAGUAGCUUGUACUUUAUGUUUCAAACUGUUUUAAGUAUAAUUAGUCUUAUUUAUACAGUAAAAUAUGUCUGCACUCAGCAGACCCGCUCUUUUGUUCUCUCUUGCUCGCUGUAUGAGACAGCAAUUUUCAUGCGUGGAUUACUUUAGAACUGCACAGACUACAGCAGCACGAGCUCGACAUAUUCAUUCAUGUUCCGCGAGGUAUUUAGCAAACCUUAAAGCCAAACAUUCCUGGACAUCUUUUCAAAGAAGUUUGUCUUCUGAGGCACCACCUAAAGAAGAUGAGUACCCACCUCUACCAGAAUACACCCCCACCAAGGAGAUCCAGUCAAAGGAAGUGUUCAUCAUCCGGGCCAAAGGUCUUCCCUGGUCAUGUACUCAAGAGGACUUGAUGAACUUCUUCUCUGAUUGCAGGAUCAGAGGUGGACUUCAAGGGAUCCAUAUAAUGAACAACAGGAAUGGCAGGCCAACUGGACAGGCAUUCAUUGAGCUAGAGCACGAGGAGGAUGUUGGCAAAGCAUUGGAUCGGCACAAGCAGUAUUUGGGGCAACGCUAUGUUGAAGUGUAUGAAGUAACAAACAGUGAUGCUGAUGCUAUAUUGAUGUCUACGGAGGAGAGUUCAGAGUCAGAUGGAGUGGUGCGACUCAGAGGUCUUCCCUUCAGCUGCACAGAGAAAGAUAUCAUUCAGUUCUUCUCUGGGUUGGAUAUUGUGGAGGAUGGAGUUACAAUAGUCCUUAACAGGAAAGGUAGAAACUCAGGAGAUGCCUUUGUGCAGUUUGCCACAAAAGAGAUCGCUGAAAAUGCCCUAAAAAAGAACAAAGAAGUCAUAGGAAACCGGUACAUUGAGAUUUUUCCCAGCAGGAAGAAUGAGAUCCAGGUGCAGUAUGGAAAAGGGCGAAAUGAGACCAUCACACAAGGGGCCACGGACACAGUCAUGCUGCGCAAAGUGAAAAUUGGAAACAGUAGCACUGUAUCAGCAACACAUCAUGGUUCGUCUAAGCCAGAGAACCUCAUUCACAUGAGAGGUCUACCCUAUGAGGCCACAGGAGAGGACAUUGUAAAAUUUUACUCUCCCAUCAGAGUGGCAAGGGUUCUUAUAGAGUACGGUCCUGAUGGACGGCCCACCGGUGAAGCAGAGGCCUUCUUCACAACACAUCAGGAUGCAGUAUUAUCCAUGUCCAAAGACAGAGAGUAUAUAUUGGAGCGAUAUAUAGAGUUGUUCCUGAAUUCAUCACCAUCAAGAGAGGAAGAGUAAAAUAAAAGUGAACUUCAUUUAAACUGUCCUAAAUCAUUGAUUCCAACCUGUGUAUGUAUCAUUGUGUAAGAUUCAAUCAAGAAUUACUUGUAAUACGUAAAACAUAAAUUAAAAGAGAACUUUA